AUGGCUUACCAAAAUCGAGAAGCUUGCUACGUAUGCGAAAGACUUUUUCGCCCAACGCAACUUUCACGUAUGGAUGGAGAAGAAAAUGUAAAUAAACGCGAAAUAGCAGUUAUUCGGCGAAAUGCUGAAAACAAACUUCCUCUUCAUGUGGAUAACAGACGCCUUUGCAUUAAUUGCAGUCGAUCUAUUAAUCAAGAAUUGAUAGACGUAGAAAAUAAUCCGUUCUGUCUAAGACUCAACGUUUUAAGUCAAACAAAUAAUUCUACUUGCUUUGUUUGUGAUGAAGUAAAUGACAUUCAUAGACUUUCUGUUGAAUGUAGAAUUGAUGCAUUUAUUAGAACUAAUAUUUACAUUUCUGAAGAUGUAAAAUCAUGUCAGGCACAUUUGGACGAUAAAUCCUGUAUCCUAAAGAUUCUUCUUCCUGGUUUGCGUUACGUAAAUAGACCUUGUGUUCUUAAAGAAAAGGAAAGUUUUUUGGAAGAAAACAACAUAGAGAAAAUGGAGGAAACCGAUGAAAAUUACGUUUCUGAGGAAGCGGAAGAAGCAGCGAAGCAGAUUUUUCCAGAAAGUCCCGAGAUGCUAACGACAAGCAGUUCCAAAUGUUUGAGUCUUGGAUGA